UGCCUCUAGUAACACGGCACAAACAGUACGAGGAACACACGUCGCGUUCGGAAACUGAAAACACAGUUUCACUGACAGGUCGGGCCCGACAUCACCUGGCGCGGCGGCCGGCUGCGUUUUGUUGCGAAUUAGUGAAACGUGCAACAUGUCGCGAUACAUAACUAUUUAUAAAUCAUUUUAACCUGUGGCGGUGUUCGUGUAGUGGAUGGCUCGCAGUGUCCGUGUUAUUCCCGCCACCCUGCGCGUCCUAGCACGUGCUAUGGGACCCGUCAAACUCAAUUGUGCCAAAAACAAUAGCCAAAUAAACUCUAAAUAAAAUAAUGCUUACGACCCAAAAACGCGCGAUGUGUGAUGUAACGGUGAAUUGAAAUGGAAUUUGUAACGGUCUCGCGGGACUCGAGUUAACACGAUGUAAUUCUAUGGAUGUAAUCAAUGUUUACCUCUUCAGUGUUGUGAGUAACGCUUAGUUUAAAUUAUUGUAGUGUAACAAACAUAGUGAAAGCGAUGUAGUUGUGAAUGCCAAAGUAAUAUUGAACCUUUCUAGACUGAGAUUAGAAAGAGUCAACAAUGGUUGUGAUAAAUUAAAAAGAUCCGCGGAGUGCGUUCGAUCUUGCCGCCUCAGGCUCGACUCACGGACUUAUCAAUGAAGUAAUUCUGGUUGUAAAGUUCUCACGCGUUGUGAUUAACGCUAGAAUCAAAUAUAUUUAUAUGCACAAAAUGUGAAUAUUUACAUGUACGUAUAAUGUACCUACCUGUUGUAGUUCUUUUCUAUUUGAAUAACAAACGAUAAUAUAAAGGUUGUCUGCUUGGAAACUUGGUUUUCUGUAAUUUCCCUUGAGGUUGUGAAAACUACAAUAGAGGUACUGAGGGCAGAAACUUGGAGCUCCAUUAUCAUUCUGAUGUGGUAGUGGUGACCAGGGUGUGCGUCCGGGGACUGUUCAGUGAUUGUGUCGCCGGCGCCGAUGGUUCGGCGGCUGACUUCGCAAGGUAAUUGAACGUGCACGAUGGAAUUCCAUAAUUGAGACAAACAGUAGGUUUUCAUCUUUACUUUUUCAACUCAAGGUUCAAAUUAAUAAUUUUGAAGGGGCUUUUAGAGUAUGGGUCUUUGAGGAAGUUUGCAAACACGCCAAAUGGGUUCUAAGGAUCUUUUAACCUCUCUGUUACCAAAAGUUUCAUGGUUUCCGGCUUAGGACUCAAAUACUAAAAGUGACUGAAAUUUUGUCAUCAAACGGCUAGUUCUGCUCACUCCAACAAAUAUUACGGACCGAGUUAUAGAAUGCGCUGACUUACUGAACCGCGUGUGAUGGCUGCUGUUAAUUCGGUAGCAACAACGCGGCUGCCCCUGCCGACGUUCUCCCCGCGCGCCGUGCUGAUGUACAGCGCGGCGGUGGGAGGCGAGGGGGCGGUAGCGCUGCAGCUGCGCGAGGCAGCGCCCGGCGAGCUGGACGCGGCUCGGCACGACGAGCGGCUCGCCAUCGCCUGCCACGAGCCCGAACUGCUCGCCGACUUACUCCACGCGGCCGCUGACAUCGAUGGCGAUCACGACGGUCUGUCAGCGCUGCUAGGGUCGGCUUCCCCCGACCUGGCGCUGGCUUCAGACGCCUCUGACAGCCUGCCGCUGCCAGACCACGACAAUGAUUGCACAACGUCGUCGUCGUCGAGCGGUGCGGCGAGCAGCGCGGCGGGCGGCGUGACGACGGUGUCGGUGGCGGUGACUGGGCUGGACGCGCGCCCGCUCACCGCCAAGAAGGUUCGGCCCAAACCAGCCUCGCCCAACCGGCAGGGCCCGCAGCAAUGCCAAGUAUGCAACAAGAUAUUUGGGAACGCGUCCGCGCUGGCCAAGCACAAGCUGACACACAGCGACGAGAGGAAAUAUGUGUGCAUCACCUGUGCGAAAGCAUUCAAAAGACAAGAUCAUCUGAACGGGCACAUGCUAACACAUCGAAACAAGAAGCCGUAUGAGUGCAAGGCGGAUGGAUGCGGCAAGUCGUACUGCGACGCGCGCUCACUCCGCCGGCACACCGAGAACCAUCACCAACCACCGCCCGAAUCCAGUACAAACAACCAUCACUUGAGCAGCGACCGGGAUGCGCACACGCACCGGAUAUCGUCCCCCGCCUCCCCCGCGUCGCGCACGCAUCACGCUCAUUCUGAUUCGAGCAACUCAGGAUCGGAGAAGUCGAACGGCGCACACAUAGGAGGCAGCGGGGGCGGGGAGAGCAGUCCGCCGAGCACCCCGCCGGCGCCUGUCACCCCGCCAGCGAGGCCCAAGCCCAAGAGCAGCAGCAACAAGUCCAAAACUUGCCACACUGCGCAGCAGGGUAGUCAAAAAUGCGGGAGUGGCGGCGGUGGCAGCGUGGUGGCGAGCGGAGCGGGGAGCGGCGCGCCUCGAACCAGCGAGGUCAAACCGGUGGAAUGCAACCUUUGCCACCGCAAGUUCAAAAACAUACCAGCUCUUAACGGCCACAUGAGGCUACACGGAGGUUAUUUCAAAAAGGAUUCAGACAGUAAGAAAUUAGACAAAAAGGAGUCCACCGGCCCUCCGCUACAAACCGCAUCCGUUUCCGUUCGCGCACUUAUUGAGGAAAAGAUCAUCAGUCGGCGCGGAGCUACAGUCACAUCUAUGUCUUCUACCGUAUCAUUAUUUCAAGGUACAACUACAGAGACAGUGGUUUCUCGAACUGGGUUCGUUGCGCCCGCGCCUCCACCGUUAACUACGAUCCGUACUUCAGUCGCAUCGCCCGCGUCACCUGUGCCGACGUCUGCGCAGUUCGUCUCACCACGAGCGCCACCCGUUGUCACAGUCGCAACAAACAUCUCUACCUGUAUUACCGCGGCUGCACACCGAGACUCGACUCUUAUAGAGCUCUUGAAGAAAGGGAACUCAAAGGUGGUUAAAAGAUCAGCGUCGGACCCUGGGCAAUCAUCUCCGCAACAAGACUUCACAUUUCGACCGGAAAUCUUCGGAGUUUCAUUCAAUUCAGACGAUGGUUAUUUUUCCCCGGCACUCAAUGAAGAUACCUUCCAGUUUACUACUACGCCAGAACAGCUUGACGAGCUCGCUUCUUUAGAAGAUUAUGCAACAGUCGCUGCAUCUAUACGAGAACGAUCUCCUGUAACCUUCCCGUCCAGUAGGCGCCUUGCUGCAGUUCUGAACUCGCCGCUACCAGAAUCUUUAGCGGACUUUGGAGCUUGCCAUGGCGGAUCACCCGUGCCGUCGCCAGGAAUGGGACACGAUAAAUGGACAGCACAUUCUCCGGGAUUGUCUUACUCUACCGGAGAUUCUCCGGGACUAGCGUACACAGCGGCAUCGCCGGGGGGCAGUUACUCAACACAGCCUGAAUCAUCUCCAGGAUUAGCUUAUCCAACUCCACCAGCGUCUCACGACGCGCAUUCACCAGCGCACACUGCCCCACGUGCAUCAUCACCGCUAUCAGCUGCUUUUUUCACUGCCACGAUGUCCAGUCAGGAAGAGGUGGAGGAAGCCCUUGAGGAAGUGUUACCCGAAGAAUGCCGAUCACUCGAUGCCUAUGCCUUAGAACCUGCGCCAGCACCACGGCGCAUCAUGCUAAACUCUGAAGACCCACUAUUAUCAAGUAGCCCCCGCGAUUUCUCUCACCAACGGCCCAUGCGGCGACACCAUCGAAUGAUGACCAGUUUUCCGCCUAUGCAGUGGCAACAAGAUGCAUCUUCUCUACAGGUUUGCGUAGAAGGCCGCGAUACAGUUCCAGCGGUGUUCUUAAGUCCAAGCAGCGUACCGGCGUCACCUCAGAGACGCAAGCGACGAGCCUCACCUGCUGGGCCGUAUCGUUCCCGCAUGCGUCGAUCCAUCCAUCACUACACGCCGCAACCUAUUCUGCCUCCCGAUCGAGAUGGUUCUGGAUUGUUCAUAGAGCUUACAGCAGGAUUGGCAACAACGGAGACCGAUGUGUUGUCUCAAUUGGAAGAGCCUCGACCACCGCAGAUCAACAUCGGAAGGGACCACCAAGCCGAUAUACCGGAGCUCUGCAAUGACCGUAUAGACUUACAUCGGGCUCCGGAACAGCUUCUAUGGGAUCCGGGUAUCAACGAUGCUCUGGACGACGGCGAAGUGCGUAUGUUUAUGGAGCUGGCGAUGUGCGCGGCGAUGCCAGUCGGGGGACACACUAGAGAAUACGCCUUGCAGACUCUGGGGGAGUGCGGGGGAGACAUCAGAGCAGCGACUCUGCGUCUCAUGUCGCGGCCCGCGGCGCCGUCGCAGCACGAGUCGCGCUGGACGCCGGAGGAGGUGGAAGCUUUCUUAGCAGGGCUAGGACACUACGACAAGGAUUUUUACAGGAUUGCGCAGCUGAUAAGAACAAAAGACUCGAAGCAGUGCAUACAGUUCUACUACUUUUGGAAGAAAGUGACCAAAGACUACAAGACGCUGUUCUUACGGAGCUGGCAUAUGGAGCAGCAGAUAUCACAAGGAUCAGUAGGCCAGGUUCCGUCAGUCGCCGCGGCAUGCACCUCGUCGCCGACGUCGUAUGACGGAGAGGAGUUCCCCUGCAAGAUCUGCGGGAAAGUAUUUAACAAAGUUAAAAGUCGUAGCGCACACAUGAAGUCACACCGGCCACUCGACGCCGAGCCGAAAAGGCCCAAACUCGAAAAGCCUUAUGAAAAGGUCGAGAGAUCUGAUGACAGAGCCCACGCGACAGCUGAAUACCACAGCAAACCGCCCGCACAGUAACAGUGUCCUUGCUCACUCAUUGCGCCCGCGCGCCGCCACCUUCUGGCCCACGCGACUAAUCAUAACAUACCUCACGUGCUAACGUGUUGUGUAGUCUGUGCACCGCGCGGUGACGCGGCGACACCCGCCAUGCUAACGCGCCCGCGCACGCUCGCGCCGCGACCCCACCCCAACGCGCGAAUGACUCGCUCGGAGUCGGACUUGAAAUGCUGAAUCGCUAAGCAUUUACUAUAUUAUACAAAAUAGAUUUAUAAAUUACUUAAAGUGAUCUAGAAAAAAACGACGUAGUGACUAGUAGCUAGAGAAGAGUUAGCUUGGGAAUCGAAAGAUUACCUAUAUAAAAUACCUACUAAUUGUUUCGAAAUUGUCGUAACGCUAAGCUUGAAGAGAGCGCUAAACAUAUUUUGUAUAACGAUUGAUACAUAGAUAGAUAGUUCUUCGUAAAUUUUUUAUAUGACAGACUUCUUAAUGUGACUUUGCAAGUGUGAUGUUGUAAAUAAACAGUAGUUGGUUGUUGAAGCCGCGGUCAGUCGACGCGCGCGCUCUAAGUAUUCGAGAUAUUGAUCUAUUAUAAGUAUUACAACUGUGUGUGAUACAUACAUAAAUCGUGUAGUAACUACACUACCUCGUUUCUAAUCAAUUGUUUCAUUUUUGCGAGCCCAGCUCACUAUUACAUAAUUUGCUUGUUUGCUCAUUAUCUUGUUGUUAUUUUGUAGUUUCUUACGUUUUCUUUAUUUAUCUAGUCGUAGUAGACAAAUUUAUGAAGCGCACUUGGAAUUCUUGCCUUCUGUUAUAGAUAGUUAAAUAAGACAACGGAACUCAAUUCAGCAUCCGUACCUACUAGUCACAUAUCGAUGAUAAAGCACGCUAGGCGAAUUGACAGAACAGCUCUUGUGUGAAUUCGGUGAAAUGAAGUUGUAAGACGGUCCGUCUAUUAGGUUCAGUUUACAUUUCCUCAAAGUAUCUACCGCUCAUGGCAAGAUUUACAGCAACACUCAAAUGUCCUGUACAUUUCGUGUAAAAAAGUUCGUGUGCUAUCCGCACUGGACUUUCACCCUAGAUCGUUAAUUGUUUUAUUGCCACGUUUAAAAAAACAGCCUUUUGGAAAAUCCUACAUGGAGAUACAAGAUUGAGAAACCCUGCUUUAGUCAACAUUGACUAUUUACAGAGUCUUAAUAGAAACUUCUACACCGUAUAAACAAAAUCAAUAAAACAUAGCGGAACGUGUACAACUCAUUCACAGAAGCGACACACAAUGAAAUGGAGGGAUAAGUAUUUUUUUACAUCAAACUAUUAUUGAAAUGCUCAAAUGUUCUAUAUUUUAUGUUGAUAAUAUUAUUAUCUAGACCGUUGUUAAUAGUUCUGAAUAUGCUAUUAUUUGAUACUUGACAUGUAUUGUUAAUUUUUGAGUGUACGUUAUUUUCUAUGAUAGAUGUACUAUUUGUAUCUACGUGUACCUACGUGUUGUGAUAUAUGUAUGGUUUAUUGUUUCAAUGUAAUCUGUCUGUUAGAAGUACAAAGCGGGCAAUAAACAGUUGCUCAAGUGUACUCGUACAAGUAUCUUAUAUCUGUAUUCGGAACUCUACUUAAGUCAACUGCUCCCAAAGUUAAAAUUCUCUUCACUCAAAUAUUUCGGGUUGUGACAUUUAUAAAUCUACUCACUUUUCGUCUUCCGAAAGAAACUCUAACUUAAUUUUGGGGCAGUAUUCCUUAGAAAAGACAUGUUAAUACUUUAAAUAUUCUCGAAUUAUUUAUUGUUAUUAACGAAUCCCUCUUAGAUUAACAAGUUAUAAUUAAAUGUAUAAGAGUGCGUGUAACGCUCUCAGUAUUAUAUACCUAGUUCAAAGGAAAGAUGUUAACUUUAUAAAGAAUUAGUUCAAAAUCGAAAUGCCACUAUUGAAAGAUGAAUAUUAUUCUUGUGUGUAUUAGAACUGGAAGUGUAUUAUGUUUCCUUCCACGAGUACCUGAAUGGACUUGCCAAAUACAAAUCAUAAUAUAUUUUCCUUUAGUGUCAUGGUACUGUUGUAAAUGGUUAUUUAUAAGUAUAAAUGCAAAAGUUACGCUAUACAUCACUAACUUGUGUGAUUAUUUGGUUGUGUUCUAUCUUAACAUUUGUAGACAAAUUUUCUAACUUAGUUUUACAGUUAAGUUCUCAAAUUGCCAAAGUAAUUUCAAAAACUAAUUUAUUGUAACUGAGUUAAGUAUGCCAUAUUUAGGAUAAAUUGGAGUAUUGAUAGAAUUGAACUCGUUAGUAAGAGUAUCUAGAUAAAUUAUUGUUUUAGACUAAGGCGAGGCUUUGACGGAAACCCCAGUCUUGGUAUGAAAUAUUUACAAUGCUUACGAAAACGUUGUUAAUUUUGUAUACUUAGAUGAAGCGAUGUGGUAUUUCAGACUAACCACGAUUCUCGGACUCACAAAUAUAUAUUUGUUUGUACUGUUCUCGAAGCGUAUAGAAUUAUUUUCGUAUAAUAUAAAACAAACAAACGGGCUAUUGUAUAAAUACUCAAUAUUUUUUCGAUAUACGUUACCGGAGAUAGGUCUACAACGUACGAUUACGGUUUAUUGAAGACAAGUCCCUCCAGAGAUAAUUUUACAAUACUCUUAGCUUAAGACUGAAAGGUACUCUCUAAAUUUUAAAUCUGAAUUGAUUGCCAAAUGUAGGUCCUAUCCUGUCCUUUCGCUUUUGGUUUCUAGUAAGUACUCCCAUUCCAUGUGCCAAGUCGUCAUACUAGUCAGGGUAUAGAAUAAUAAUGCCCUUAUUGUAACAAGCUGUAGCAGGCUCGAUGUUAGAUCGCGACGCGCGCGCACAUUAGAUGUCAUUAGAAGCCGUUGUAUUCGAAUAGAUGCACUCAAAUGCUAAGUAAGUAUUAAAAUUAAGAUCGAGAUUAAUACAACCUUGUUUCAAACUUAAAUAUAGAAGUGCCUUACAAUUUUAUUUUUAUACUCUUUUAGUUACUUUUAUUUAUCAUUUUUAUCGAAAAAAGAUAACACAAAGCACUGGAAAUCGCAUUUAUUAUGGUCCACCGUCGCUCUGCCCGCCAGAGCGGCGCUGUUGGAUCGCUCUAAUUUAUUUCUUUACUAAUCAAAUCUUUACUUAUAUUUUAGAAUCUAACUUUAAAAUUAGACAGGCUUACGAUAAAGACAUUAUACCGAUAGAGUGUCGGAAAAGAUCAUUGUAGCUCUAUAUUCAUUUUUUAAUAACUUUUAAUAACUAUAAACGGCAUAGAAACAUAAAUAAAACAAUAACUACAAGUCAAUUGUAUGAGAACUAACAUUUAAGAGAAAGAUAAAAGAAUAGAUAUCUAUCUACAAAUAUGUAAUGUAACAGCAGAGAUACAGCGCUAAUAUUGGACUGUGUUCAAACUAGUAUUGAGGACCCUACAUUAUGUUUGGUUUGACAUCAGACCGACCCUUCCCUGCCUGCCCCGUCGGCACCUUGUGUAAGUACUUCUGUAUUUGUGUCAACAUAAAAUGUUACUAUUCUAUAGUAUUAAUAUUUUGUAAGUCUAAAUGGAUAUAUAUUCUUCUAAUUUUGUAUCGGAUAGUGUGUAAGGCGAGCAUACGCCGGUCUUCAAUUGGAUGUACUUACGUACCUAAUACGUAUUAAACUUGUAACAUAGAAGUAGCAGUAACACGUGCCGACUGCACGAUAAUUGAUAUUACACUCUGUGUUGUGAUUUUGAACGUUCUGUACAUUACAAAAAUCUUUGAAAUACUAUAAAAAUUGUAGACACCUCUUUAGAUUAGCACAAUUCUUCGCGUAGACACGUUAGGUCAAGUUUACUAAGCAUUUAGAUUACAUUGAAAUAGGUAAUCAUUGGAAGAUGUAAGUGAAUUACGUAUAAUAGAUUCAUUGUUAAUAUUCAAUGUGAUGAUCGUAUGACAACGACUAGCCCCGACGAGCGCUGCCCGCCCCGCUGGGCGCCGGGUGGCUCGCACACAACUUCGCAUAUCCUUGAAACAAUAAGUAAUAAAGUAAAAAAAAACUCUAUUAUAUAUAUAUAUUGAUAAAUUUAUUAGGGUAACUAAUUUUUUAAGACAAUGACUAUUACGUGAUCUUUUAGAUUGUCUUUAUUAAUAAAUAUAUGGUGAAGGUUUUGUCAA